AUAUCGGAACGCAGCGUGCAAUAAGUUUCUUCUGGAGCUUGAAAGUAGAUCGCGAUCAAAACAGCAAAGUGGAGGGGGGAGGAUGUCAAGCUGGUAGGGAAAUAAGUAGCAGAGUUGGCUAGCAGUUGAUUCUAUCCAGUUCUACCGUCGGACGUGGUCGGACGUCACCGUUGGUAACUGCUGUAACAACGCAAUUAACUUUUCCCCUGUGUAGAAUUCGCUAAAUUUAACAUGCCUUCCUACAAGCUGAUUUACUAUCCCAUCACGGCAUUGGCCGAACCAAUUCGCUUUCUGUUCAGCUAUGCUGACAUCGAAUUUGAGGAUGAACGUUUCGAUAGAAAAGACUGGCCAAAACUUAAAGACACUAUGCCAUUCGGCAAAGUACCUGUAAUGAUAGUAGAUGGAAAGAAAAUCGAUCAGUCCGUAGCUAUCUGCCGUUAUUUGGCGAAGCAAUGUGGUCUUGCUGGCAAGAAUGAUUGGGAGUCUUUAGAAAUCGACUCGAUUGUCGAUACUAUACACGAUUUACGCGCCAGUGAGUAUAUAGAUAACAUUCUUUUUAUACAAUAUUUAUCUCUUUUAUUUAUUAGAGCCAACUAAAGAUUUAAUUUUAAA